AUGGACAUCACCAACGAUCCCCGUUUCUUCACGGAGAACGUCUUGACUGCGCGGCUCACAGCUUUUGCAAGUCUUGGUGUCGUCGCUGGCCUCAUGGUGCAGAACUCGCUGGAUCAUCUCUUCGCGAUGCAGAAGAGAAUGAACCCCUUCAAAGGCGAUGUCGUCGAUGGAUCCUGUCAGCUUUGUGGAUUCCUCUUGCUUGGCAUCGUCCAAUAUCUCAAUGUCAUUGCCACAUACGUGGGUGUGGCGCAGCCUUAUCACACAAUUCGGCUUAUGACUGCAGGCCCUGCAGGAUUCGAAGCCUCAGCUUGCUAUUAUCUGAAUCCAAACAUUAGCACGUGGAGACACUUUGCGGUGUCCAUGGCGUUGAUAUCCUUGCCCAUUUUCUUGGCAAGCAGCGGGCUGCGUAUGAUCGUGAAGUUCGAUCGGGAAAACUACGACUUCCCGGAUCCGACACGGAACUCCUCAUCUACCUUUGAUAAAGCUCUUGGUUGGGGCAUGUGUGUAUACUUCUUGGUGAUGGCCGCGACUGUACUCUACGUCCAUCGCUUGCACUUCAAAGUCUUCGAUGAAAAGUAUGAGCGCGUGAAGCCGAGCCUUUUUCAACACCGCGAGGUCCUGGACGUGAUGAGCUCCAGAAUAUUCGGCUCUGGCAGGAUUCGAAAGACGGGUUAG